CUGUGCCACUGUCAUCACUCCAGCUCUGAGCCAGUUUCUUCAGCCUCUUAGUUUGUCCUGAUUUUCAUUUAAGCCUACCAUGAGUGAAAUAUUUUUGCUUUAUAUCCACGGAGCUUUGGCAAAAUUAAAGAAAAGCGCAUCCUGCCUUUGUUCGGCUAUCUUUUUAAAUAUUAACAAGUUGUCAUGUCAUCUCUGACUGGAAAAGGAGAGAGAUUUCCUGCCUCGGUCAGAACAGCACACUGGAGCUCAGAAGUGCAGCAUCACUGUGAGCCCGACGGCUUUUCUGCAAGUAUUAAACUGAAAGACUGCCAACCCAAGGUGCGCCCUACUCCUGAGGGUGCCGGAAAGACCAGAGGCGACCCACAUCGGAAUAUGUGCCAGAGAGCAGACGCUGUCCCGUCAUACAAGUCCCUCCCUGGAGCUAUAGGAGACCGCAUCAGGAGUACUAUGUCCUUUGGUAGCGGGACUAUAUGCAGAGGCACUAUGUCGGCGUAUCCCGGCUUUGGGAGGUCAGAUGGUAAAGUUGCGUGUUGUGAGAAGUGCUCAGCGACCCUUGUUGCUCUGAAGAAACAAGCUCUGAGCCUGGCUGUUCACCAUCAAUUCUCCUGCAAGGACUCUAGUGACCUGUGUGCAUUUCUUCACGACAACCUUCGCGUCCAUAGUCGGUCCACCAAUGAGUGCAGGGACAGAGACAGGGAGCAGGGUGAGUGUGGAGCCUGCGGUGUAAACCUGAACCAGCUCAAAGAAGAGGCUGUCCACUUGGCUCUGAGCAGGGGUCAACCAUUAGCUAAGCCUCCCUUUGAACCCAGCUUUAGCACCAGUCCACUGCUGGGACAAAGUGAGACAAAGCAUGGAGACAGAGCUCCAAGGGAAGCUGCCACUGCUGUGCAUCAACCACGCAGUCGCACCCACACUCCUCACAGCCCAAGAAGUCCGAGGACGCCUCAGAGGACGCCUCAGAGGACGCCUCAGAGGACGCCUCAGAGGACCCCUCAAACCCUCAGACGGAGGGGGCCUAAGCUCCCCAACCCCGAUAUGGACCGCUGGGUAGAGGAGCAGCAGCAGCUGGUCACUUCUAAACCUGUGUCCAGCACUGAUGGUGUCACCAUCUACUCUCACCAUCAGGCUGCAGAUGAUGCUGCACUGGGCUGUGGUGACGCCGGGACCGUACAGACUAGCUCAAAGAUCCCUCACAUAUCCAGAGUGGUGAACAUUGCCAACACUGCUGCUAUGUCCCUUAUAGCAAGGGCAGUCGAGAAACUCAACCUGAUAUCGAGGAAAAAAGGCCAGGCUUCUGAUCCAGCUCCCGCUCAUCUCUCCACCUGCUUCAGGGAGAUGAUCCAGAAAAACCCACCGCCUGUCCCCUCCUGCCUGCUCCAAGCUGCCACUAGAACCAAAGACUCGCCCAAUGUUGGCAAGGUCAAAGUCAUACUGAGGGUGAGCCCAACGCUGUCAGAGGGCCAAAACCAACCACCUGUUCUUCGGAUUGACCCGUCGAAGAAAAGAGUCACCAUAAUGGAACCAGUCAGCAAAAGCCAACCAUACUCUACGAUGACACUGGGCAGGGAUGGCAAGAAUCUUCUGAAGACCUUCAACUUUGAAGCUGCCUAUCCUCAAGAGUCAAGCCAGGCCGAGGUGUGUGCAGGCGUCUUGGCUGAUGUCAUCCGCUGCGUGCUCAGCGGCAGCGAUGGAUGUGUUCUGGGUUUGGGAUGUGCUGAUGUGGGCUCCUGGUCCAGCAUGGUGGGGAGUAGUGAGGGCAUCCAGAAGCUCGGGCUUAUUCCCUGUGCCAUCUCCUGGCUGUACAGUGCCAUCGAGCGGCGGAGGGAGAAGACCUGGACUGAUUUGACUGUAUCAGUAUCUGCUGUUGAGCUCUGCUGCGGAGAGGAUGACACGCUGAGGGAUCUGCUGGGGGAGGUCAUCCCCUCAGUAGGCGGUAUCCAGGACAGCCCAAAAGCCCAUAUUAGACUCCAAGAGGACCCUAUCUACGGGAUGCAGCUACGUAACCACAACCGGGUGAAGGCUCCCACUGCUGAGCGGGCUGCUGCCCUCCUGGACGCGGCCAUUGCAGCGCGUCGGCACAGUGACUUCGUUACAUACCUGUCCCACAGCUCUAUAAUGUUCUUCACUCUCCAUGUCCAGCCCCCUCGCACAGAAAGCAGCACCAUUGGGAAAGGUUCACGUGGCCCCACUAAGUUGACCAUGAUUGAUGUGUGUAGUGGUAUGAGGGGUAUGAGCAAAAAUAAACCUCCAUAUUCAGAACUGGGUCCUGUUGUCUUGUCUCUUCUAAGUGGACAUAAAACCACCCACAACAAGGUUAGUAAGUUGACUAUGCUCCUUCGAGAGUCCCUGGGCCAUGUAAAUUGCCAUACCACAGUGAUCGCUCAGGUUGCUGAUUCACUGGCACACCUUCAAGAGACCUUCUCCACUAUUCAGCUGGCUGCUCACAUCCGCAGGACACAGAAGAGGACGAAGCAAUCCACCUCAUGUUCUCCUUGCGGGAGGAGUUUGACUAAAGAUUAUGGGCCUCAGUCUUUGUCCCUGCGGGCAUUCCACUCCACCGAUGAGAUUGAUGUUGACACCCCUCGCUUCUGUUUGCGUGGUGAACUGGAUGAGCGCUCCAGCAGUGACCAGUCCUGUGACACAGUCAUCCAGCUUGACUCACAUGGCUUGGUCAAGUCCAAAGCAACCUCAAUACUGGCUCAACCUGAAUUUGUGCCCAUCAUACCCUCUUUGCAUCCGAACAAGGCUGACAUGGAGGACCCCGAGUUUACCGCUCUGCUCCAAGAGCUUCUGAGAAUUCCUCAGCUGCAGGGAGAGAAGAAGAACGAGGAAGCUGUUCAAGGGAAUAUUGAAGUACCGAAAGCAGACACGAAGGGGCCAGAGAGGGACUGUCUUAAAUGUGACACAUUUGCUGAACUUCAAGAGCGUUUGGGCUGUAUUGAUGGAAGUGAGACAUCAACAGAUGUGCUCAAGCCAAAAGGGCCUUCUGUUAACAAUGCCACACCCAAAUCACAACCACAGAAAGGAAUGGGGAAACAGACAGACACAGAUUCAUCAGAAACACCACAGAUGCUGUUGAAUCAGGGGUUAGGCUGCAGUCAGACCUCUGUCGGAGAAAAACAAACAGAUGGUGCCUUCCCUGGAGACAGUUUUCAGAGAGAGGAUUCAGGUCUGUAUGACUGUGAGGAGUGUAGCGCAACCAGUUCCAGUGAGGAACUGCUGAAUCAAACUCUCAGUCUUAACAUGACCCGUCACUCUGAGCUGCCCAAAAAUGGAACUCUUAAGUCAGAUGCUCAGGACUUUGAUGUGAAUGCUCAGGGCUUGCCCGAAACCAAUUCCCUUGCACUUCAGCGUAAAGGGCAACAGGAGAGUCCUGAGGCUGCUGAUUGGUUCAAACAAGGCAAAAGGACCUCACCAGUUGGCAAGAGCUCCCCCAUAUCUCCUUCGGCCUCCUGCUCCUCUUCACACUCCACAGCUACCAGUGUUAUACUUGGAGAUGCCUUACCUAAUCGCCCCACCGAGGACAUUGAGGAAAUGAAAGCCACUAUCACAGUAACUGUUCAACAGCCACUGGACCUAAAAGGUCAUGAUGAACUUGUCUUCUCUAUGGUGGAGGAGGUGACCAUCAGUGGUGCAUUAAACAGAGGGAGAACAGGAGGAAACAUUAUUUGUAUUGGAGACACUGCCCAAUCACAAGCACGUGUUCAAGGCUUUGCCAGCUCUCAUCCAAUCAGGAUAAUCAGCAAUGUCAGUGAAGAACCUGUAGCUGCAGGCUCCUCUAACACAAACCAAAGCUCUGUAGUUCAAUCCAUAGCUACAGAGGCUACCACUGAAAAACUCCAGUAUCAGUUCAGAAGGGAAAAGAGGUUCUUACCUUCAUUUAUAAAUCCCAUGCUGAUAAAUACAGAUAUGGCUUGUGAGUUGGAAGGUGCAAAAGAAAAAGAAAAUCCUCCUGAUACUUUUACAGGAGUCACAUCACAGGCUGAGCACAGAGUAACUAAUGUCAGAUGUCCUGAAGAUAGAAAUGCUCUUGAGAAGAGAAAUGGGACUUUUGCUUCUGAGACACAUGCCAAAAGGUCUGACAAAGUAUGUGACUCACUUUUUAGCCACAUUUCUUAUGACCCAAUGAUUUUAGAAGAUUCAGCUUUCUGUGAUGAAGCUGCAGAAAACAAAAGGUGUGGUAAGAGACCGAGAAAUACAGACAACAGCCACCCUAGAGACAGGGAGCAUGUUUAUUCCACUAACACUCCAAGGGGUUCAGAGGGUGGAGAAAUCGGUUCCAGACGUGUUGGGAAUGCCCCCAAGAGAAUUGGUGUUUCACCUGGUUGCCAAGAAACCGCCCCUGCUUUCUUUAAAACAGGUAGUUUGCCUAGAGCCUGGCAAAAUGCCAACUACCAGGACAGCUACAAUUGCGGUCACAUGGCUGAAGACCACAGAGACCCAAGGGGGGUGACAUCAUCUACCCCUUGUAGCCCAAGGGUAACUCUUGAGAGGAGGCAGGGCAGACAGCACUCCCCAACAAACCACAGCCCCCAUGUCUCCUCUCCUCAGAAAUAUGGAACAGAGUACAAACAGCAUGCUAGUAGUACUCCCAGAAAAGGAACUGAAUCUUUGUUUGAGACCUCAAGUCUAAGAAUGAAACACGAUCAUAUGAAUGGGAGACUGAAGUCACCCAUUGAGGACAGUAGCAGGCUUUUCAGUGCCAAACUGGAGCAGCUGGCUACCAGGACCAAUUCCCUCGGGAGAUCCCCAAGGGACUUCCCAGCUCUGGAUAGAGGCAGUAGUAACACCUCCAUGAGCUCUAAGGGGAGCUCCAAGGGAAGUUUUGAAGGGACUUGUAAGGGAGGUUAUAAAGGAAAUAACGAGGGAGAUUGUACCUUAUCAAGGGCUAGCAGGAGCCCGAGGAAGAAUCCUCGGGCUGACCAGAGUCAUCACUUCUUUCCUUCUCAAAGCCCUGUAACUCAAUCUGCCAGACAUAUCCAUUCCAAGCUCUCUGCUGUGGGGAAACUUAAGAUGGCUAGCCCCAAAGUCCGUCGACUGUCUGCCCCCAGCAUCAAGAACCUCAGUCUCCCUCACAAAAGCCUCCGGCAGUCCAUCAACCGCAGCGCUAGUCUUUCCCCAGAUGGUAAAACUGUUAGCUUUGAGCGAACAUCCUCAUUCCUCUCCUCGUCCCCUCCACGGUCUUUUCACUCCAUCAGUCGCACUCCGAGCCAGAGCUCCACAUGCUCAUCCACAAAAUCUGCAAUCCAGGGUUUUGUCAAUGGCCGGAUCUCAGACCUCCUUAAGGAAAGGGCCUCUAGCCCCACUUCUGGAGGACUGGACCAAAUGACAACACUUCCCUCGCCGUACAGCUGUGUGACUGCUCCCCGCAUGCCUGAUCACCAGAGUGGGCACGCAAGUGACACCACAAGUGUGUUGAGUGGAGAUCUGCCACCAGCUAUGGGGAAGACAUCCCUGCAUUUCUCUAACAGGAACAGCAUGGUGAGCAGUGGAUAUGACAGCAUGGUGAGGGACAGUGAAGCCACAGGCAGCAGCACCUCAAACAGAGAUUCUGUCAGCGACAGGAGCGGCUCUCUCCUCAGUGUGGCUUGCAGCAGCCGAUCAUCUCGGAGGAGAGGUAACACAGGUACUCACCAGCGUCGUCUUUCUCAUGAUACACCCCUUUCCCUGAGACGCUCGGCUAGCGGUCUGCGUUCUCGCUGGGUGGAUCGGGGAAUUCCAGAGGCCUACGAGAUCAAGGUCUAUGAGAUCGACAAUGUGCAGAGGAUGCAGAAAAGAGCAGGUGCUGGCAAACAGGGGCCUGCAUGCUUCAGCGCCAAGCUGAAGUUUUUGGAGCACCGUCAACAGAGGAUGUCAGAGGUCCGAGUCAAAUACAACAACCUGAGAAGAGAGCUAGAGCAGGCCAAACACAACCUUAUGCUGGAGCCCGCCAAGUGGAACCAAGAGUUCGACCUGUGGCAGACCUUCGCGGUGGACUCCCUGGAGCAUCUGGAGGCUCUUGAAGUAGUGACAGCUCGGCUAGAGGACAGGCUCAACCUCUGCAAGGCCAAUGUCAUGAUGGUCACCUGCUUUGAUGCUGCCACCAGGAGACGGCAUAAAAAGCGACGUCGAAAAACGCCAGAGCAGAGAGCCUUAAAGGGAAUCUGAGUUGAAUUAUAGUGAGAAUUGACACAUGGGUAAAUGAGGGCAACAGGGGGAGCACCCAUCGCUUUUUCUCAGACGCUUAUGUUUUAUCUAGUACAGCUACCUACCUAUCACUGAUUUUUUUGGGAUGAUCAAUUCAAAAUGUGUACAUAUGCCACAUACGUUAACUUAAUGCACACUCUUUGUUCUCAACUACCACCUCUGGUCCCCUUGAAUUAACCAGGUGCUACAGAUUGGAGUUUUGUUCAAUAACAUCUGGCUUCGGAGGGAGGCCAAUGGUCAGGGCCAGUGACAGAGCUACAGUCCAACAGGUAUCUUUUUCCAUAUAUAUCGCAUUAUUCCCUUUUGUAUAUAGAUUUUGGUGCUGAAUACAAAAACUUUAUGAAAAUAAAUGUGUGUAAACUGAUAUAAAAAUGCUUCCAAUGAUUAAAAGGAUGCUGGGUUGAGCCGAUUAUUUAGCAGGAGUCACAGCAAUUUCUCAGUAAGAUGUAAAAACAGCUACUGAACUGUCUGAACAGAUGGAUGAAGGACUGAAGGACGAGGUUUCAGUUCCUUCAAGUAAAUGCCAACAGAAACACCAUUGUGAAUUUUCUACUCUCUUCAUUGGAGGCCGGCCAGUGAUCAAUAAACCGGCUGCUAAAGCACAUUAGUAAAUGAUUGGUGGCAGAAUAAAAAAUGUGGAUUCUACUCUCAGUGUAAUGGAGGAGUAAUUACAUUAAAGGAAUAACGUCAUUGUGUCUGAAGAGCCACGUGGUGAAGUCAGUGAUCCAGUAAUAGAGGAUGGACUGAUGCAUAGUAAUCAAUGGACUUAGACGUACAGCGAAGACACACACACUCGAUGUCUGUUUUGUGAAUCCUAUUAAUCAGCAUGUUGUACACAUUACUGUGAAUAAAUGACCACAGCUCUCAGUGAUUUUCUGUGUUUGUAGACAUUGCAAACUGUGCAUCCUAUGAUUUAGAAAAUUAAAGUCCUUAUGCAGUU